AUGGCCACCAAAAAUUUUACCGGGGCACCCUUUGGGGUGCAGAGCCACAGGUUUGAUGUGUCUGGUGUCUAUCCCAACUGCAAGAAGUUCAGCUGCUUUACAGAAGCCCCCUACUCCCCCAGAUACUCAAAGGAGGUGUCCCACCUAGGCCCCGGCAUGUACAGCUACAAGGAGACCGACUUCAGCAAGAAGAAGCUGAGCAGGGAAGUGGGCACGGGCUGGGCCAGGGCGCAGGAGGCCGCGCGGCUCACCCAGUUGCCACACUUCCAGUACCGAGGGACGUCGAAGGAGCGGCAGCGGCAGAAAGACAAGCUGGGGCCCGGCUCCUACGAGUUCAGAGACUUCCUCCAGGAGAGGCAGUUGAGGCCCAGCAGCAGGCGGGGGCUGCUCAGCGCUGGGGAAGUUCGGUUCCAAGAAUUCAUUGGGAAUUACUACCCAGGCCCAGGCAAUUAUGGGGUAAAAGGAAACCCUUACACCAGACUGGAAGAAGGCAGCUGCAAACGGGUUCACUCCGAGGGCCUCAUGUGCAGAAUAACUAACAAGUCACCCCCCUUGGGACAUCAGGGCAGCGGGCUGGCUCCAGGCACCUACUCCCUAAAAGCGGGCAUCGAUGCGUAUGUGGCACAGUACACGGGCAAACGCAACAUGUAUGACAUUUUCUCUGGGGACCGCAGCAAGCCCCUGCCCUACGGACACUUCUCUGUGCAGAAAAAGAAGCCCCGGGAACUGAUGAAUUUGCGGAGCUUCGUGGAGGAACUGAAUUCCCGAGCUAAUAAGAAGCGAGGGGUUUUCCUGAAAGCCCCCCGCUUCCCGAAGACCCCUCAAGACAGGACUUCCUGCUCCAUCCUCAGCACAUGCCCCAGAAAGCAGGUCACAACCGGGCCUGGCAUAUGGUUUCCCUUUGAGAAAAUAGAUGAACAAGGGAAGCAACCGCCCUUCCUGUUCAUCUCUAAGCGCCCAAAGACCUUGCAGACCACCAUGGGAGCCUGGAACCCGGUGGGCGUGGGCCGCUACCUCAACACCUGGCUGAUGGAGACCAAGGACCAUCGGCAGCGCUACCGCUCUCUAUACCUGGGCAAGUGCCAGCGCUACCCCUCAGACCCGCUUCGAGACAAAUUCUUGCAGUGA